UCAAAGUCGAAAAUGAGGCAAUAUUUAUAGCCUUCUUCUUCUGUAGCUUAUAAAGAUAUCUAUAGACUUGGAAAUGAGUAUAUAAAAUCCUAAAGCUUAAAAUAAAAUAGAAAAAAAAAAAAAAAAACUGUAUAGUGUUUUUAGUGACUUAGCAACUAUUUUUAAUCAUUGAGAGCUUUUCUUUUUCUUUUCCUUCUAAUCAUCUGUAAGUGAGUGAAUGCCCUUUCUUUACAUACAAUAUAUAUUAUAAAUUACUGUUGAUACUUCCUAAAUUAUACUGAAGCAGUUUGUGGUUGUGAAGUGUUUGAAGCAUAAUUCUGUGAGUAUGAUAUUGAGAGAAAGAAGUUGAAGACUGAAGAGGGUGUUUAGAGAUGGUGUUCAAAGAUCUUUCCUGGUUCUGCUUCUUCUGAUAUAUACAGCUUUUGUUCCAAAACUGAGACUGAAAAGAUUUUAAUUGUGAUUACAGACAGUCCUAGUUGCGAGAUGGAUUUUUCAGAUGGUACAAGGAUUUUGCACAAUAGAAUCAGUAAAAUGGAACCAGAGAAUGUUACUAAGAUUAUUGGUUAUCUUCUUAUACAUGGAGGUGGUGAACAAGAAAUGUUCAAUUUGGCUAUGAGUCCUGAUGUCGUUAUUCAAGAAAUUAUUUAUAAAGCUAAAGCUGAACUAAAUCAAUUUCCCCUCAAAAAGGCAAAUUCACCACUCUCACCGUCCUUGAAUUCACCUCCUGUUUCAGAACUUCCCUCACAGUAUACUCCUUUUUCCCCUGUUUCAUCUCGGUCUGCAUUUUUGUCCCCAGCAGCUUUUCGCAGCCCUUCUUCGUACUGGGAUUCUCCGGCUAAGCAUAAUUCAGAUUUUGUGUCAAUGGGAUACAUGGAUUCUGCAUCUGAGAUCCAAGGCCAAACUCAGUUUUUGAGUUUGGAUGACCAAAUAGAGCCUGUCAAUUUGGGAAAUUCUGGUUUUCCAAGUGAUUAUUUUUACUCCGAUGCUGCAUUGAGUAAUUUAAGUGCUAGGGCAGGACGUCGAUAUUCAAGCUUGAAUGACUUCCCAGUUAAGACUUGUCACUAUUUCAACAAGGGUUUUUGUAAGCAUGGAAGUAAUUGUAGGUACUUUCAUGGUCAAGUCUCGGAGAGCUUUCCUCGAUCAUUUGACUCUAUCAACGAUGAUCAAGUUUUCUCACCGGGUUCACUUGAGAAAUUGGAGUUGGAAAUCAUAGAGCUCUUAAAAUCAAGAAAAGGAAAUCCUGUUUCAAUUGCUUCUCUGCCAAUGAUAUAUUACGAGAAGUAUGGAAAAGUUCUUCAAGCUGAAGGGUAUCUUACAGAGAGUCAGAGACAUGGGAAAGCUGGUUAUAGUUUGACUAAGCUUCUUGCUAGAUUGAAAAACAGUAUUCGAUUGAUUGACAGGUGCAUUAUACCUCAUGGUCAGCAUGCCGUAAUUUUAGCAGAAGAUGUUCCAAAAUACAUGGAAAAUCGUGGCGAUAGAAAUGAUCCUGGUCCAAUUGUUAGCGGUUCACGACAGAUAUAUCUAACAUUUCCAGCUGAGAGUACUUUUACUGAAGAUGAUGUCUCCAACUAUUUCAACACUUUUGGACCAGUUGAGGAUGUAAGGAUUCCAUGCCAACAGAAGAGAAUGUUUGGUUUUGUAACAUUUGAAAGUGCAGACACUGUGAAGAUGAUUUUGGCAAAAGGGAAUCCUCAUUUUGUUUGCGGUGCUCGGGUCCUUGUCAAACCUUACCGAGAAAAAUCAAAGCUUGUUGAUAGGAAGUAUCAGGAGAGAAUUGAGCAUCCAUUGUUUUUCUCUUCUCAGUAUCUAGACAUGGAUGCAGAGCUUCAUUCAAUGCCAAGAGGAUAUGAGACCUCAAGGUUGCUGAGGAAGCAGCUUUUGGAAGAGCAGGAGCAAGCUCUUGAACUUGAGAGGAGGCGGCUUGCAGAGUUGCGAAUACCUCCAAAGCCUAUGACCAAUCAGUCCUAUUUUGGCUACUCUAUGAAUGGGCUAAAAUUCUCAGAAGAUAAUUUCAAUUUGCCAUCCACCGAACGUUUUAGUUACCUGCUCGACGUUCUGAACAGUGGUUCAGCGAGUGAUGAUAGAUUCAGGCAUACCGAGACCAAUUAUGCAGACCAGGACAGUCAAGGACUGAAUUUGCCAGAGAGCCCAUUUGCGUCUCCAAUAGCUAGCGGCAUUUCUACAGUCAUAUAGAUUCAGCAGAACAGAAGAAUUAUAGAGUUACGAGAAACAAAGGCAACAGCAACAUCUUUGGUUUGAUACAUAACAGCUCCUUCUUUUCCUUUUUGAAAAUUUUCCCUUCGGUUUUCCCUUAACUUGUUCACGCAAGUACAGAAUGGCUUAGCAACUCCUCGCAAUCCAUCUAACCCGUUUACCGGGUAAAAAGGUAGCAAAGCAGAAUAUGAUACACAGGAGUACAUGUAAGAAGAAAGCUACAGUUUUUUCCCCUGUUCUAAUGUUACAGAAACAAUGCAAGAAGAAGGUUUGGAUAUUUUACUCUUUAGCGGCGGAUGUAAUUACUCUUUAGCAGAACCAAGGAAUUAGAACAUAUGUAGUGUUUCAGAGAAGUUAGUGUUUAAAAUCUCUGCAACACUCACAAAUAGAUGAAAUAACUUCUACAGAAGGAUUAGUAGUUGGCUCAUACCAGUUUAGAAAAGGUUGUUCAUAGUUUUUAUCCCUUUUUUCUUAAAUCUCACAUGUUGGGCAUUCUUUUUGCCCAGCCAGCUACUGUUAUUGCCCUUCUUUUGGCUUAAGUACAAAGAAUGAUAUUAUCCUCCAUUUCUAUUAGUUACUGGCUUUUGUCUUUCUUUC